GAAUAUUCAUAAUGUGUAUUCGAAGAAAUGCGCUUGCGUAGGAAGCUGGCGCGAAAUUUGUUGGACACAUUUAUUGAUAGGGCUGAAUCGUAGGGGACGUUUUAGGGUGAAAAGAAAACUAGGUCUAGACUAAUCAUUUAAAAAUUUUAUUGUACAUUUUCGAAAAAGAAAAAUGUCGGAAAACUCACCAAGAAACGAAAGACGGCAGAGAUCAGCAUACAGAAGAAGAACAGCCAGAAACGAGAACACAGAAAGAAAUGAAAGAUACUUUUCAAAUGGUCCACUGAGUCCCCUAAGAAGUCCACUGAACCAGAAACAAGGCCAACGACUCACAAAACAUUCUGAUGACAGAAGAGAACGGCGUUCCUGCUGGAAAGAGUUGGACAACCAAAAGUUCACAAAGAUCAGUCUGAAAGAUGAAGAUUUUCCUGAUUUAGGAAUUUGCCGAUACACACCUGAGAUAAAAAGAGAUGUUAACAGCACAUCAAACAGUCUGGAGGAAGGUGAAAAAGAAAGUCGCAGAUUUCGUAGGAAGUUGGAAUUGACAGAUAACAAGAGAAACUCCAAGAAAGUGUUCAGGGAGAAUAGCAGAACAGAUGUUGAAAUGGAGAAGGAUGAAGUAACACUCAGCAGACGUCAAAAGACACUAGAUUACGGCAAAAACACCAUUGCUUAUGACAACUACAUAGCACAAAUCAAAAGACAGGAUAGACAGAAAGGUUACCCGCGGACACCAGACAAAAACCAGAAAUGUAGUCGUCGGUCCUGGGAUCAGCAGGUUAGAUUGUGGAGGUUAGGGCUUCAUCGCUGGAACAACUCGAGUACACCUGGGCAGAGUAUUGAAGGUCUUUUUGCGGACACAUCAUCUGAGAGUGCUUCAGAGAUUGGGGAUCGGAGUUCAACUCCAUCAAUUUCUAUGGAAGACUGUGAUGUCUCAUCUGUUGACCAUGGAGAUGAGGAUAAGGGUUCAUGGGCAGAACAGGUAGCCCAGGAUCAGAGUAUGUUGGACAAUUUUGAUAUCGAUUUGUGUCUGAAACCAGAAAAAAAUACCUUUGACUGAGAAACAUUGUGAGACAAGGGUAGCUGAAACGUUUCCCUACAUAUAAAGUUUUAGAAACCAUGCUUUUUACUCCACAAUGAAUAAUUCCUGAGGAUACCAAUACUUACAUAACAACACAGGCUAUAAACGUUUUUGUUUAUGCCCUUUAUGUAUCAUUAGACUGUUAUUUAACUAAUGAAGUUGAGUGUGUCUUUGAGGUAAAGAUGUCAUUACUCAAAUGGUAGCUAUUCAUUGGGAUUUUAAGAAAUAAAAAAAAUCCUAAUGUUAAAAAUUCUCAUCAUUGUAUCUUUUCACAAUAUUUUAUUUAUUUUCAUGUAUACCCAAAGAGCUUUGUUUACUGUGUUUUAGUGGGUGUGAUUCAAUCAUGUUUUUUAAUAGGUUAAGUAGGUGUCUUGUGUUCCGUCAUCUAAAACCAACAUUGGUAUGGUUUGCUUCUAAUAAUUCUGAUGAUAAAAUCUUUGUCUUCGUUCAACUCACUGUUAAUGUAUCUUUAUAAAUUCCCAGGUAAACUAUUGAAAUAUCUUCAUAAAUUCCAAGUUAAACUAUUGAAAUAUCUUAAUAAUUACCAGGUGAACUAUUAAAAUCAUAACUCCCAGGUAAACUAUUGAAAUAUCUUAAUAAAUUACAAGUUAAACUAUUGAAAUAUCUUGAUAAUUACCAGGUGAACUAUUAAAAUCAUAUAACUCCCAGGUAAACUAUUGAAAUAUCUUAAUAAAUUACAAGUUAAACUAUUGAAAUAUCUUGAUAAUUACCAGGUGAACUAUUAAAAUCAUAUAACUCCCAGGUAAACUAUUUAAAUAUCUUGAUAAACUUACAGGUAUAACUAUUUAAAUAUCUUCAUAAACUCAUGGUUAAACUAUUAGAAUUAACUUUCGGGUAUACUUCAACUGCAAGGACAAAUAGUGUUAGGAAUCACUUUAUAUAAAAAUCAUGAUGAUUGUAUAUAAAAAUCAUGAUCAAUCAUCACAACUGCUCAAAUGAUAGAUGAUCAUUAUUGAUUGAUCUUGAACAAAAACGGAAAUAUCUGUAAAACAAUCCCGAAAAUGGAGGACUUGUGUGGGAUAGGCUUUGAGAUAUUAAGUUGUGUUGAAAAAUAUUGUUUUAAAGCAUUUUAAGGUAAAUUUUAUUUUAUCACUUUUUGGGGGUUCCUGUUAAUCCCAAAAUAGUUUUGAUAUUAUACUGAUAGUCCAACAAUGAUUGAUGAUAGAAAACCAUGAUUAAUAAGUCAUAGUCCAAGGUUAAACAAUUACCAUCAUCUAGUAAAUUGAUAGCAAAAGUAAGGACAAGGUCAAAUUUCCAUUAAACAUUGUCUAGGCCAUAACCAUAAAAUUAUUGAUUAGGUAUUCAAUUAUUGGAACAUUUAAUGUGAAAUGUGGUGUUAACCAGCAAUAUGUAGAUUAUUUAGUUGACUGUAAACCUUUUUCUCAUAUUGAUAUAUGAAAUAAAAGUAUACAUAAUAUACGUAGAAGUGUAAAAUUAUUUUAGUUUGUAAAUUUUUUUUUUAUUCAAAAUAUAUAAAGAUCAACCAUAAUAUCAACUAUGACAAUAGUAAAUAACUUAAGUCUGUGCGUUAAUUUUGGCGGAGUAUGAGUGAAAUAGUGCUCUUUAUAAUUAUAAAAUAUUUCUGAGAAAGUCAAGAACUUCUUUAUAUGUGAUGUUAUUGGCUAUUUUACGGAGUGUGAUGUAUCUGUUCUUUGGAUAAACUGGUAUGUUGUAAAAUAUGCUUUUUUCCGUUGUGCAUGUGAAUACGAGUGAUUAUGCCUGUUAAAAAGAAAACGAUAGUUAUUUUGUGUUGUAAAACUGAAGUUGUGAGAGUAGUUAGUAAUAAUAUUGUAAUAAUUUGGAUAGUUAUACCAGAUUUAAACUGAAAUUACCAAAACAAAAAAAAUGGCUAAAUUAUUAUCUUGUGCAGUAGGUACAAGUAUUGAUGAUAAAACAAAUAUACUGUGUUGUAUUUAAUUAGCUACCAUGUACACUUCCAUACAAGAUGGGGGAUGCAUUUUCCCAUUCUUCAGGAGAUUCAGUAUUGGCGGGGACUGCAUGCUCAAAUUUAAUGAUAGACGUAUGAGGGGACUUUCCUAUAUUAGAAGAGAAUGUCUCCCACCUAUUAUAACAGACUUCCCUUAUACUAGUCUAGAGCUGGAGGAGAUUCCCUGCUGUUGAGGACACCCCCUUACUGAAGAGGCUACAAGUAUUAGAAGGGAAUACCCCAGACAGCAGGGAAAUCCCUCUUACUUGAAGGGACAUUUCCUAUACCAGAGAGGACUUCCUCAACCACCCCCUUGCUACAGAAAGCUGCCCAAUAAUAGAUGGGAAUACCCAAUACUGAAGGGAAACCUCCUUACUAGAGACUCUUAACAUGUAAUAAUGACCUAGAAGGGACUUCCCUCAUAUUAGAGGGGACUGUCCCCAUCCCAAACUAGUAAGGACUUUCACUUUCCUGUAUACUAGAGGAGCUUUUUACCCUAUACAGUGGACUAGAGGGGUGAAAAGAUAAUUGCCUUGCACCUGUGUGAUGGGUACAUAAUUUAUGAAAGGUAGGGUGUUGAUUGUAUGGAAUACAGUGUAUUAGAUAUGACAAUUUAAUUCAUAACAUAUUUAAUGAUACCGACAAACUAGUCAUUCUAGAAACAUAAAAUCUAUAUGAUUCUUUUAAAAUCAUCAAGAGAAAAGAUUUGGUGUUCGAAGAUGCAAGGAAGUAGAGAUUUAAUUCUGUAUGAUCUAAAUAUUGUUUUUAUAAAAGUUGAAAUAUCAGUACAAUAUAUUAAAAAUAAAACUUGAUGACUUGCAA